AUGGCUCGUGCAACCCGGUCCUCAGCAGACAAGGGCAAACAGCAAGACGCUGCCCCUACAAUCCGCAAGGCGGGCUCCAAAAAGCGAAAACGCAACUCAACCGCCGAACAUGAUGAGCAGCCUGCUGCUAAGCAAGCCCGGACGGACGAUAGUCAGGAGCCGGAGGAGCAGCAGCCGACAGAUACUAAAGUCCCUGACUUGCUGGGCAGUGGAGAUGUGCCAAUCGACCCCUCCGACGCUCAAAAGGUUCUGGACGUGCUUGAGAUGGUUGACACUCAAGGUCUUCUUGACCGGGUAUUCCCAUUACCAACCAAGCAUCCAGAGUCUCUUUCUCCAGACGUUUCUGGCUCUUCUUCGUCCGCGCAAACAUAUUCUCUUCGUACCUUGUUGCAACACUCUUCUGAACACACCUUGAAGGUUCUUCGGGCAAGUUCCGCUGUUCAACACCUCUACCCCAUUUCCUCACAUCCCCGAGCUCGAACAUCUUCCCCUGCUGCGCAGCAACUCCGUUUUUGUAAUCUCGCACUUUCCCUGUUGGAUCAGGCCUCUCUCCGUUCCAUCCCAGCAACAUUGAAUGUACAGAGCUUAUUUCCCGCUCUCAUUGAUGUUCCAGGAGACGCGGAUGAGAAAAAGGCUGAUGAUUCUGUAUCACCUGUCCUAAAUUCUCCACGAAGGCGUAAAUAUGCUCUGGUUCAACGACUUCCCACAGGCGAUUGGUGGACGUCUCUAAAUUCUGACGUCGCUCAAUCGGACGGGAAGGAGCUUUCGGGGUUGUCGACUGCUCACGCGGAGCUAGCGGUCAUUUUUCCGUCUUCCUCUAAUUCUGCAGCUGGCGACAAAACUCUCGCCGCAUUCGUAACGAGGAGGCUUGGUGCAGCUCUACCGCAGGUUCCUGGUCCACGUCGUGUUAGCUGUGGGAAGUUCUUAGACUAUGGAACUUACGCCAGUUUUGCACCUAGCUUUGACCAAGAUGGAGUUGAAGUCGGAAGAGAUUAUCUGGGGGAAGUAAUAUGGCAGCAGCGGCAUAAGGCGCGCAUCCGAGACAAGAGCAAGGGCAAGCAAAGAGCCCUUCCUGAUGUCACACCAAGUAGUGAAGACCUCGUACUUUCAAGUACCCCUGCUAGUGGUGAGAAGGCCACUACAGGUCACGUCCAGGAGGCCGACGACGAUUGGGAUUAUGAAAACGCGCUUGAAACCGUUCUCCCCCCUGAUGAGGCGGCAGCGAUCAAAUCAGCGAUGGGUAGUCUCGAACUGGAACAGGCUGUGCAAGAACUUCUUGAUCGAAAUGCAAGGGCGCUACUUAGGUUGCAAAGGCUCCAAAGAGAACGGCUAGGUUCAGAUGGAGGUGGAUUAAGUGUUGUGGAGGAGAGCUCGGAAGAGUGGAAAAUCGCUCAAGCUAUCAUAGAUUCACUUGCGGUGUUGGCCUCCCUACGACCAAGAUGUUCGUCUCGCGAUGAUUCAGAGGCACCUUUUGUCCCGAGCCCUUCCGCGCUACGGACAUUACAACGCACACUGCCUGUAGACGCUUCUUUAGGGUGGUAUGGGACCUUGCCUGAAAAUCGCGCGACUGCGCUUAGAGACGAUACAACCGUUUCAGUCACCCCUACUACCGCAGUUGCAUCUGCACCUAGUGUCACUACGACAGUAGCUCCAACGGCCACGCCCGUUAAACCCAACGCAUCGAAUACACCAUACACACCAUUCAAUUUCUCAAAUUAUCCAGCAUCGCAGUAUCGUGGCGGCUACGGCACCUACGCUCCAGGUCAACCAAGCAGCUAUUAUGCUAACUACUCUACCGGCGCACAGGGGCAGACUGCGACAGGCACCCAUUAUCCUAAUGCCCAGUACGGUAGUGCGGGUCAGUACUCAUACUCUUCUUGGUACAAUUAUCAGCAAACGUCAACAGCCGCCCAAGUCCCGGCGGGGACUCCGGGCGGCUCUACGUCAGCUCGCACGACCCCACAGCCUGUCACGACGCCUACUAGCAUGCCCACAAAUUACGCAAGUUUUUUUGCUUCGACGACCCAGCAGCCGUCUCAAUCGCAGCAACGGGCGGUGGCAAAUACGGUGCUCACUGCGGCUGCAAAGGCAUAUCAGCCGGCUGCAUGGGCAAGCGUUGGCCAGACGGGCACAACUCCGACGCUCCCGUUACAUCUCCGUGCUACAACUACCGCUUCCAGCACGCCUGGAACGCCACAGCCCGCGACGCCCGGAGGAACAACGCCGUAUGCUGCCCAAAACUUCUACGGUAAUUAUCAACCCUCGCCAGCUCCAGCUGCGAGGUAA